UAGAAAGAGAGGUGGAGGGAGAGGAAGGUCGGGCAGCUCGAGCUCUCCCGGAUUUCCACCUGACUGCUCGGGAAGCGGGACACUGGGACAGGCAAAAUGUUGAGUUUGGGGAGCGGAGGAGCGAAGCCUACUAAACCGUCGUUUGUGUCUUAUGUUACACCCGAGGAAAUAAAAUCAGAGAAAGACCCACCAAAGAAAGAGAAACAUCCUGAUUUGCUACCAGGUGAAGUGGAGUUCUGUAGCGCCAACCCCAUUCUCAUAUACACUCAAGAUGAUCUCUCCCAGCAUGGUGUCUUUGGCACAUUGUUCUGCACCAAUUUUCGUGUUACGUUCAUUAGUGAUGAGACACCACAGGAGAAGACGGUAAGGAUUGGUGACAGGACUCAACAGGACUCAACAAACACUUCUGUUCUGACAUGUCAUUCUCCAGUCUUCCUCCUGUUCCUGGAGUGUGUGUGGCAGCUUGUUCAGCAGCACAGCCCAGCUUUCCAGUUCUCCGAGACUUACCUAACUGUGCUGUCCGACAGUGUUCACGUGCCAAUCUUUAGCACAUUUCUGUUUAACUCUGCCCAUCACAGAGAAAGUGUUAUGAAGGCAGAGUCACCACUUGCACAAAGCGGCCCAUUGAGCUGCCCUACAGUGUGGGACUGGUCUGUGCAGUUUGACAGCAAGGCCCAGAAUUUCUUCUAUAACCCCCUGUAUUCAGAAAAGGUGAAACAUGAGAAAGCUGUACGCAAACCUCACAAGCCUAAGCACCAAAGACAGUUAUCCUUACCCAGUACAGCUUUCAAAACCCCACUGAAGAAAGGUUUCUUUAAGGACGAGACUGACAGCCUUAAAAAGAUGCUACGAGUGAAGCGUCUCAGUCGCUGGAUGGGCUCUCCUGACUCCCCCGGUGCCACCACCCGAGAGUUCUACGAGUCCUGGCAGCACCGUCCUGUGGACUAUCACGGCCUCCUGCUCCCCUGUCUGGAUGGACCGGCUGUUCGUGUCUGGAUGCAGCGCUACCUGCGCUGGAUACCUGAGGUGUACAUCCUGGGCGGAGGCUCCGUGGCCAUGACGACCAAGCUUAUGGAACUUCUAAGUCAGGUGCAGGAUCUGAAGCGUGUGCUGGAGCAAAGAGACACGUCACAAGCUGCUAAAAUUGAUCACCGUCCAUACCUUCAGCACCGGCUGCUCUCGUUUGGCUCCUCGGGACGAUUGUCAUCCUCAUUUCCCUUCGCUUACACCCGCAACCGAUCUUUCAAGCCCAUCAUUCCUACAGGUCUGAUGCAAAGACUUAUGGUAACUGACAGCCUAGCCAGUCAGGAGGAUGAGGCCAGUUCGGUUGUGAGUUUUGUUUAACAGAGAAUCCAUUUUCACCCAUAUAUUAAAUAUUCGUCCAUUUAUUAUUAAAUUAUAAUAUUAUGAAGUAAAUACGGGAUUAUAGUGGCCUUGUCAGAUUCAAAUUAGGUGCUUAAAGGCACUUUGGUGCUAAAGCGGGUCCUUUUGGAAAGUAAAACGGGCUUUUGUCAAACCACAUGUGCCCUACUGUAUCGAAAAUAUAAUAUGAGCCUUCAGACAGGAUGAAGCUCUUUUAUUUUUGAUGUUCUUCACGGAACAAUGCCUAGAAUUGUUCUCUUGCUCAUCACAACACAGGAACAGGAUAUAGCCCUGAGCUUCCAGCCUUUCCACAGUGCAGUGUUACAUAAAAUAAUUACCAAGUAACAUUCCAAACAGUAUUCCAUUCCAGUGGUCUAUGAAUGGAUGAAAUUAUCCUGAAUAAUAGCAACCAUUAUAAGAGUUACAAAUACAUUUGACUUCCACACUUCUCUGACUCCUCACAUAUUACUGUACUCGGAGGGUUGGAAAAAGGCCGCUGCAGUUCUUAAAGCAUGUUUUCUGUAUCUAAAGAAGGUUAGCCAAGGAAAAUAGUGUGGAGCCAUCUACAGGUAUAUUAUUGUUACUGCUGCAUUUAAAAUGUAUUGAAGAUUAGAUUAUACUCACUGUGGUCUGGAUGUGACUGCUCAUUUCUUUUCCCUAGAUGCCAAGUCAACCUUCGGGUUAAUGUUUUUUUUUUCCUUAAGAAAA